AUGAUGGCCCAGUGUGAGGUCGCACGCGUCUUUGGGUUAGCCGGCGUGUUGACAGACCCCGUACGUGGCCGGGUGCGUCCCGAGUAUGGUGGGAGUUAUGAUGUGUAUGUGGCUGGUGAGAAUGUAGCCAGGCCCAGUGUUGAGGUCGCACGCGUCUUUGGUUACCGGCGUGUUGACAGACGCCCUUACGUGGCCGGGUGCUCCCGACGUAUGAUUUGUAGAUAUGAAUGGUAUUGGGCUGGUGAGAAUGUAGCCAGGCCCAGUGUGAGGUCGCACGCGUCUUUGGGUUAG